UGAUUAAAAAAGCAAACGACGCAGCACAGUGAGCUGACCCUUCCCUCUUCGCAAGAAAAGUAAAGUUCUUUGCGCCUCGCCAACUCAAUCUCCACUACUACCACUACUACUUCUUCUUCUUCAAAGUUUUGACCUUUACUUCCUGAGCUUCUUCUUCAUCAUCUUCACUUCGAUGGAUCGUCGUCUACUCCUCUACGGCACCAUUCUCACUCUCCUCGCCUCCUCUUUUCUCUCAGAGAUACACUCUGCUUCAUUCAAGAUAGUAAACAAGUGCCGGCGCACGAUAUGGCCUGGGUUGCUAUCCGGCGCCAAUACGCCUCAGCUCCCCACCACCGGCUUUUCACUCAGGAGUGGAAAAUCCAAGACCGUAUCCAUACCCAAGUAUUGGUCUGGUCGGAUUUGGGGUCGGACCCUAUGCGGCGAGGACUCCACCGGGAAGUUCUCUUGCAUGACCGCGGACUGCGGGUCCGGGAAGGUAGAGUGCGCCGGGGGUGGUGCUAAGCCACCGGCCACGCUUGCGGAGUUCACGCUGAACGGCGCCAGCGGGUUAGAUUUCUACGACGUCAGCUUGGUCGACGGGUACAACCUCCCGAUGCUCGUUGUGCCCAAGGGAGGUACCGGCGGAGGAUGCAGCGCCACCGGGUGCUUGGUGGACCUGAACGGGGCGUGCCCGUCGGCUUUGAGGGUGGCGCGUGAGAAAGGGAAGGGUACCGUGGCUUGCAGGAGCGCGUGCGAGGCCUUCGCUGAUCCGAGAUUUUGUUGCAGUGAGGCAUACUCUACGCCCGAUACGUGCGGGCCGUCUAUUUAUUCGUUGUUUUUUAAGUACGCUUGCCCACGCGCGUAUAGCUACGCGUACGAUGACAAGACUAGCACCUACACCUGCGCUUCCGCUGAUUAUAUGAUCAUAUUUUGCCCGUCACCCUAUACCAGCCAAAAGUUGCUCGGAGCUCGAAAGGAUGGGGCACAGCUACCAUUAGUGAACAAGACCACAAUGUACAUGGCAAGCCAACAUGCUUCAUCCUCAGGUUUGGUCCAAAUGCAAUUUAUUGCGGCAAUUUUCCUCUUUUGGCUCCUUAUACAACCUCUUUGACUAACAUUGGCCGGCCUGAGCUUUUCCAGGCAGAUAGUACCACGCCGAAGAAGUGGUGUCAUCUUCCCUGUUGUGCAAGCUUUCUGCUUGUCUUCCACUCCUUCCAGUUGUUGGGUAAAUAGAUCACGCGGCUAAGAUGCAGAUUGGCCGUAUGAGGAGGGGUUUCACAAAAAAGUUUUGUAUAUAGCUUCCUUUGCUUUAUUGCAUAGGGGUUCUCCACAUCUUAUAUAUACCAGCACCAUUCCACCAUUUUAUAUAAAGAAAUUAUUGUAGUUAGAAGCCUUGAAGUAUGGUGAUAAGGUAUCUUUCUUCAUAGAAUAAUGUUGUUCAUUCAUCUAUUUUAUAAAAGCCCAUGUGAGAAGGUCA